AGCAGUCCAUUGGUGUUGUCAGUGGGGCAGGGUGGUGCUAGAGGCCUGAAAGUGCGGCAGGUGCUGAAUUACUCAUCUGGAAGGACUGAACUACGAGAGGAAGGCAGUCGGCGCUAUCCGGGAACUACAUUACGAAGGAGUUACAAGCUCAUACACGGUUUUACAAGCUACGCCGGGACCACUGCACGCCUAUCAACAAGGGUAUAAGCGUUGACGUGAUGGAGUCUCAGGGUCAAGGCUCCUCGCAGUCCCCGGCAGCCACACCCAAGGAACACGCACCCAACGGCACCCACUCGUUUCCUGGGGUCUUUCCGGGCGCGGCGACCCCCGGGGAGACUGGUAAUGAGCAGGGGAGACGAGAGGGGCCGGGUUCGGGGCUGGGGGCGGCUUCUCCUGCAGCGAUGUCACGGGGCGGGGAGACUGCCGUGUCGCUGCCCAUGGGUGCCGUGGCCGCGAGUGGAGGGAGCCGGGGGAGUGGAGGCCCGAUCUGCCGCAUAUGUCACGAAGGCGACGCCGAAGGGGAGUUGAUCAGCCCUUGUUGGUGUGCGGGCAGCGUCGCCUUGGUGCACCGCCAAUGCCUGGAGCGAUGGUUGAACACGGCCACCUGCGACACCUGCGAACUCUGUGGCUACCGGUUCCCCCUCGUCCGCAGCGCCAGGCCCUUUUGGCAGUUCCUCAUAAAGUGCGACAAUAGCGAGGCGAGGAGGGCGUGCAAAGUGGACCUGAUCUGCCUGUUCCUGCUGACGCCCAUAGCCAUGCUCUCAGUCUACCUGUGCAUCAUUGGGGCGCUCCAGUACUCCCAAGAAAACCAGGUGUCCUUUGCUGUCUUCACGGAGGGGCCGGCUCGCAUUCAGAGGAGAGGAAGGGACCAAGAGGGUGAUCCGAGGGUGCUGACGAAACAGUGGGAGCCGGUGGUGCUGGUGGGCGGCGCGAUGUUCCUUGUUAUCAUAUACUGCUGCUGGGCCUCGCUGACCCUCAAGUACCACAUGCGGCUGUGGCGACAGUGGCGAGUCGUCAACCAGGAUGUGGCGCUCGCACACCGCCGGCCCCACACCCAGCCCCACACCCAGCCUGGUGCUGGAGGGCGUCUGGACCCCCACCCAGGACAGUAACCCAGACCCCAGACCCUUAGAGCAACAUGGCCAAGCUCCCUCCGCCAGGCAUCCAUAACACGCUAAGAGCUCCCUAUUACAUCUACCCUUCCCUCCCUUGUUCUCAGUCCUCUUAAGAAAUCAACAGGCUAUUCACAAUAUUAAUUUAUCUACGGUGAGAGGACCCCGAGGAGACUUUUAAGCAAGGAUGGCAUUGAAAAACUCGCUCCCCCCCAAAAAAGUACCGCUCUAAAAAAAAAAAAAGACAUUAAGGGGUGUAACCUCAUCAGUUCCCUCUGCUAGGCAUCUCGAAACAUACUGUAGUUCCCUGUAGUGUAUUCUCCCCUCCCCUUUUGUCUCCCUGAUAGGCAAAGGGUACGAGUAACUGUGGUUUCGUCCUCUAAGGCUAUACCUGUACUUAAGACUUGAUUCCCCUUUGCUGGAUAAGGAUUAGUUUGUAUGGCUACAGAGCAGUCAUUCCACUUAGAUUUCCCUUUUGUCUUCCUGAUAGCUAAAGGGUAUGAGUGACACUGAUUUUGCCCUAUACCUGUACUUAGACUUGAUCAUUCCCCUUUGCUGGAUAAGGAUUAGUUUGUAUGGCUACAGAGCAAUCAUUCCACUUAGAUUUCAAGGCAAGUCAGUCAGUCUCGGGGUUGUGAUAUUUGUUUGUGCCUCACGAGGGUGAUUUCUAGCAUCUUUUGACCUGCGAUGCUAUACUCUUACUCACAACUUGAUCAUUAACAUUGCUAUUUAAGAAUCGGCUUGUACACUUUGGCUACGGGUUAGUCAUUCCACUUAGAUUUCAAGGCAAGUCAGUCAAGUCUCUGUGCUGUCAAAGGAGCUGCCUGUGUACACUUAAGCUGCAGGUCACUUUGUGUAUCGGGUCAUGUCUCAGGUCGUCCACUUGCCCGCCCAUCCGCCUCGCAGCUCAGUAGUUUAAGUAAUCUAGUCAGUGGCGAGGAACUGGGAGUAGGUUUUAUUGUAAGUUGUUAGAGGAUAUGUUUUUACUAAGAUGUCUGUUUUUACUCUUUUAUGAAUCGAUGGUAGAAUCUUAUACAUGUAAUAAAGUAAUGCAUUUG